UCCAUGAAGGCAGCAGACCGAGGGAAAUCUGACCGACUUUCCGUGAAGGCACCGUGGAAGACGUGCCUUACGUAGCAGUCACGUCUUUGCGUCAACAGAAACAAACAUGGCGCCGCGAAAGUGAGGAAAACUCUGAGGUCCAAGUUCGUGCGUCCCAGACAGAAGAGAGGAAGAAGAAGACACUCAUCGUCUUCAUCUUCUUCUUGUUCAUUAUCAUCAUCAUCAUCUUCAGUUUCUUAGGAACAGACCAGGAUGGCUCUAAGGAAGCAAAUACUCAAGGAUACCAGUGACAUUCCCUGUGGAAGCCAACAGGAAGACAACAUCUCACAAGAGGAUGGCAACGAUGAAGAGAACAGUGAGGAGCUCUCAUCGUCACUUCUGUCGUCAUCAAAAAAAGUAAAAUGCAAAAGAGAGAGGAAAACAAAUCCAAACCAAAAGACAUGACGGAGGAGGAGAUGAUGGACUUUGCUCUGCGUCUGAGCGAACAGGAAGCCAGCGUCACGGCACUCAGACUGCGGCAAGAGGAAGAGGCCAUGAUGAAAGCCAUCCAAGAGAGUAUUGUCAGUCAGACCAAACCCUGCCCGGCGUCCCAGAGUCACCUGCUGGACGAUGCGGAAGCUUCACUCGGAGUCUGCUCUCGACGGAAACUCCUGUACUCAAACAGGAAGGCGGCGUCUGCCAUUGAUCAGGGAGCGUCGGCUGACGUCAGGACAGCAGACACAGACCUGAACCGAGCAAAAGGAACUGGAGGUGAAAGUAAUACCUUGAAGAAAAAAAGGAAAAAGACAGAAGGAAGCCCUCUGCAGGAGAUGCCAGAUUUGUCUCAGACUCAGGAAGCCUCUCUGGCUUCCCCCUGCAGUGCAGACUGUCUUUCCGUGCCUCUGGACUCGCCACAGAGCUCCGACUCGACCCAGAUUGAAGACUGUCAGCCCAGUAAAUCCCCCGUCUUCCCAUUGACGGGAAUUAGAGCCAAGGUCCUCGUCCCGCGGUUGAGCCAGGACAUGCUGCAAACCUGCAGGAACUCAGGGUUUGUGUUGUGCUCUCAGGACACUUUGACCUCCACUCGAGAGUCCCCGUCCGCUCAACGCAAGAGCCCAACAUUCCCAAAGAGCCCCAAACCCUCCCGUAACCCCCCUUUGUGCAGGAGUCCUCUCUUCUCAGACACUGAUGAAGGAGACAAUGGAGAGGGACACACAGAUUUCUUUAAAAGUCAGAUAUUUGGCAAGAAUAGUCAACCUGAGACGUCUGCAAGUGCCUUCAAGCCCAGAUCAGGGUUCACGUUUUCCUCUCAGGAUAGUUUAACCCCCUCUGUGAGGUCCACUUCCUGUCCGCCCAAGAGCCCAGUAUUCCCAAGAAGUCCUGGCCUUCCCAAUAACCCCCAUCCCUCCGAAAGAUCAGCAACCUGCAUGAGUCCUGUGUUGUCAGAGACCGACGGACGACAGCGGGAGCAAAGUCAUGGGUUUUGUAUGAGCCCGGUGUUCGGCACGACUGGACAACGAGGGAAGAUAAAUGCAGAACUGCACAAACACUCCUCGGGUUCAGGGAGGGAAGGGAAUUCAACCACUACCAGGGAUCCGUCUCAGAGUCUGAGGCAGGACAAAAAGAUGGAUCAAAGUCCCGAUGUCAGGAUAAGUAAAUCAUCUUUAUCAGAGGAGGAAAUAUCCAAACACGGGAACUCGGCAGAGUUGGAGCUGACCAGUGAUAUGGUGUUGCUCUGGUCUGAAGAGGAGGACGACGUCACGCCCACGGGGUCUCCCAGUCCGGUCUUCCCAGAGGAGGGACCUCUUCAUAAGGCAGAAAGUGAGACAGCCUCCCUGAACCAUGUGACCGCAGCUUCUCCAGGGAUGAAUUGCAGACCUUCUACCUCUCCCACGUCAAGCGGCAAUCUGCAGCUUGUAGCCACAGAGCGAGGUUCACAGCCAAUCAGCAGUGAGCCUGCAGAGCGGCCAACAGUGAGCUACUACUGGGGGGUUCCCUUCUGUCCACGAGGACUGGACCCAGACAAAUACACACAGGUGAUCAUGGCUCAGAUGGAGGUGUAUGAGAAGAGUCUGAAGCAGGCACAGAGGUUUCUGCUGAGGAAGGCCGAGUGGGGGGGGGGCAUCCUGCCACGUCCGGAGAAAUCCCCUUCACCGGAAUCAGCUCCUGAAUCCCCUCCACAGCCGAUUCAUCGAAGGCGUGGCCUCAGACUGAAGGGCAAAAAAAGUGUUUGAGGAAGACGAUUCCUGUCCAGCAGAAGCAGAGGAGGAGGAUGAAGACAAGAAGGAGGAGGAAAGAGAAAGUAAAGAAAAAGAGAAGCCGGGGGAGGCAGGAGAAGGAGGAUAUGUGGACACUGAUGAGGACUGUGAGGUUUGUCCAGAAACCCAGCUGAGCGGCAACGAUGACGAUAACACCCGAGAUCUGAUGAUGGGAACUAACACUGAGUCAGCGCAUUGAGGAAGAUGCUCAGAUUGGGUUCAUCCAGAAAUCUUUUUAAUGUGGAAUCAACAACCUGACAGAAUCACAGAAUGACAGAACACUAACCGUAUAGUAUAAAAAUGAUCAUGACAUUGUUCCUCUUUCUAUAAU